AGUUUAUUUAAGAUAUCGUAUUUAAAGUUUUAUUUACACGAAUAUAUUAGAAAAAUAUAAUGGUUUUGACCUCACUGUACCCUCACCAACAUGGCACCUAAAGCGCUAUACAUUUUGUACACGUCACACGUGUUAAGGGUUGCUAUGCAACAUCAAUGCGGUGGGAGGCAAAGUGAAGGCAAGGAUUGUCGUUCUCAAAAGUCUCAACGUGUUAACCCCUCUCCGGCAGCAAUCACCUUUUUCUUUUUGAAUCUAGAAUGCAUGUCACUACACGAGAACAGGAUUUACUGCCGCUACUGUAAUCGUCGCACUGGCGGAGGGCAGUUAUGUGUGUCGCUUUCUCUAGAGUUCACGGAUACAUCUGUCCAACAUCCAUGCGGAUUCCUCGACUGUGGUUCAGCUGAUUGGCGGAGACAUGGGGUCCGAGGCGGUGAAGGUGGUGGUCCGCUGCAGACCGCUGAACGGCCGGGAGAAGGCUCUCGGCUGCAGGAUGGUGCUGUCCAUGGACGUCCGCCACGGCCAGUGCUUCAUCCAGAAGCCCGGGGCCACCGACGAGCCCGCGAAACAGUUUACUUUUGACGGCACCUACUUCAUGGAGCAAACCACCGAGGAGAUGUACAACGAAAUUGCCUAUCCGUUGGUUGAGGGGGUGACAGAGGGCUACAACGGGACCAUCUUCGCCUACGGCCAGACUGGCAGUGGGAAGUCCUUCACCAUGCAGGGGGUGCCGGAGCCAGCCGCCCAGAAGGGGGUCAUUCCCCGCGCCUUUGACCACAUCUUCGAGAGCAUUCAGUGUGCAGAAAAUGCCAAAUUCUUAGUGAGGGCGUCAUACCUGGAGAUCUACAACGAGGAGGUCAGAGACCUGCUGGGCAGCGACCCCAAGCAGAGAAUGGAGCUGAAGGAGCACCCGGACCGCGGCGUGUACGUGCGGGAGCUGUCCCUGCACGCGGUGCACAGCGUGGGGGAGUGUGAGCGGCUGAUGGAGCGCGGCUGGAGGGGCCGAUCCACGGCCUACACCCUGAUGAACAAGGACUCCUCCCGCUCACACUCCAUCUUCACCAUCCACCUGGAGGUCUGCGGCACGGAAGAGGGCGGCGUGGACCGGCUGCGGGCGGGGAAGCUGAACCUGGUCGACCUCGCGGGCAGCGAGCGCCAGUCCAAGACGGGCGCCACCGGGGAGCGUCUGCGCGAGGCGGCCAAGAUCAACCUGUCGCUGUCGGCGCUGGGCAACGUGAUCUCGGCGCUGGUGGACGGGCGCUCGCGCCACGUGCCGUACCGCGACUCCAAGCUGACCCGGCUGCUCCAGGACUCGCUGGGGGGCAACACCUGCACCCUCAUGGUGGCCUGCCUGUCGCCCGCCGACGACAGCUACGAGGAGAGCCUGAGCACCCUGCGCUACGCCCACCGCGCCAAGAGCAUCCAGAACCGCCCGCGUGUCAACCAGGACCCCAAGGACGCCCUGCUGCGGCAGUACCGCCAGGAGAUCCAGACCCUGAGGGAGCUGCUGGCCGGCGGGGGACCGCGGGACCCACUCCCCCCCGCUGGGCUGUCUGGUCGGCUGUCUGAAGGCUCUGAUGCUGAGCAAGAGAGGCCCCACUCCAGUACUCUAGGCUCCAGCACUCUAGGCUCCAGCACUCUAGGCUCCAGCACUCUAGAAUCCAGCACUCUAGGCUCCAGCACUCUAGGCUCCAGCACUCUAGGCUCCAGCACUCUAGGCUCCAGCACUCUAGGCUCCAGGGCUGCAGACUCCAGGGCUGCAGACUCCAGGACAACAGAGGCAGAGAAGGAGAAGAUUAAACAGGAGUACGAGGAGAAGCUGAGCCGCCUGCAGGCCGAGUACAGCGCAGAGCAGCGGUCCAGAGCCCUCCUCCUGGAGGACAUGGCUGCCCUCCGGCGGGCCUAUGACGGCCAGCUGGCCCGCCUGGAGCAGAGCGCUGGCAGCAGGGGGCGCUGUGGGCCAACGCUCGAAAGCGCCCCGCCGAUGAGCCAGGCACAGGAACUACCUGCUGCUAGGUCCUCCUCCAAGCAGGAAGUACAACGGAGGAGCCCAGCGCCCGAGGUCCAUGGAGAGGGAGGGGCAUGUGGAGACCUUCCUGCCCCCCGACCAGGACCUGGACCAGGACCACUGGACCAAAGACACGCCCUCGAGCGGCUGCAGCAGCUGGAGCAGCAGGUGGUGGGGGGGGAGCAGGCCAUGAACCCAGAGCUGCGGCAGCGGCAGCGGCAGAGGAAGAGGCUGGCCGACCAGAGGAAGCUGCAGCUCAUCUCGGCGCUGGGGGAGGGCGGCGAGGAGGGGGACAGCGUCAUGCUGCGGGUCUACGACUCCAUCCAGGACGAGCUGCACGCCAAGGGCCAGCUGCUCACCCGCAUCCAGGCCAAGUUUAAAGCCGCCAAGCUGGAGAUCCGAGACCUGCAGGCGGAGUUCGAGGUGGAGAGGAACGACUACCUGGCCACCGUCCGCCGGCUGGAGCGGGAGGCGCUGCUGCACAACGGACUGCUGCAGCGCAUGGCGCCCCUGGUGCGCAGGGACUGCAACUACAACAACCUGGACGCCCUGCAGCGGGAGGCCUGCUGGGACGAGGACAGCGCCACCUGGAGGCUGCCGGACGUCGUGGUGCAGAAGACCUCCCUGCCUUCAGCUGUGCCCCCCCCUCCCCAGAGGACCAAGACCCGGCGCGUCUCAGCAGCAGACGCAAGGGAGGACUACAUGGGGGAGGAGGACCGGUACAAGGCCUUGCUGAACCGCAGCAACAGUGAGAACAUCGCCACCAACUACUUCAGGUCCACCAGAGCCAGCCAGCUGCUGGGGGGAGAGCCCUGCAAGGCUCUGGCCGCCCACUCUUCCCCCCCAGCCGGCCGCAUGGGGCCCCCGACCGGCAGCAGUGACAGCGGCCCAGUGGGGGGGGCCGACACCGGCCCCCCCAGGCCCUUCAGGCUGGAGUCCCUGGAGGCCCCUGGCCCCAACGGCAGCCGGGCCCGGAGGAAGAAGAGCAGAACGCACCUCCCCUUCGAAGGGAACUUAGAGUAGGGCCCUCGUCCCGGGUCCGGGUCAC